AUGCUUCCUGUCCGUGGCUGCGGCAAGCCGAACGAGGGCGACAUCACCUCCCUCGCCACCCAAACAGUGAGGCGACACUUCGCCUGUGGUUACCUACUGUAUCCAGAGCUCCCGUACAUCGGUGAGACCCGACGGAGAUUCGGAGACCGCUUCGUCGAGCACCAGGAAGAGCGUUACGAGGCCCGCUAUCAGGAUCUCGCAGACAACAUCUUGAAGUUGUUUCCUGAUGCGGAUGUUUCUGGAGAUGUUGGGAGGAAAGGCACCUUUGAGAUUCAAAUCAAUGGCCAGCUAGUCUUCUCCAAACUGGAAACGAAAGGGUUUCCUUACGAAAAUGACAUCCUCAGCGCCAUUGAGAAGGCUAGCCAAGGCACAGACGUCCAAAAGAUCGAAAACAGCCGUCCUCCAUGCAUCAUUCUAUAAACUCUUUCCUCUUCCUCCUCCUCCUCCUGGGUUUUAUAACCUGCUCUACCCUCGGCUCUUAACCCAUGCUUAGUGGGCGGCGUGGAAUUGGUAAAUCAAAUCACAGCACGGGGACAGUCCCUCUGCCCGCCAUUUUGUACCAAGCCAAUUAAAUCAGUGAUCAAAUGUCCAACUAAACUAAUCCUUUCUGCCUACAUAAUGUCCAUAACCCUCUAUUUUCCUCACAUUCAUGUCCCUAAUGUAUCUGCCUCUAUCGCCAGGCACCAGUGUUUUUUUUUUAAAAUUACUCAAGUAGACUUGACCUUCACACCUCCUUUGAAAUUACCCCCUCUCACUUUAAACAUGCCCUCUGGGGGGGGGGGGGGAGAAAACGUGCUCCUUGUCUAUCCUAUAAACCUCCAUCAGAUCUCCCCUCGGCCUCUGCGUCUCGGCCCGAAACGUCGACAGUGCUUCUCCCUGCAGAUGCUGCCUGGCCCGAUGUGUCCCACCAGCGUUCUGUGUGCGUUGUUUGAAUUUCCAGCAUCUGCAGACUUCCUCCUGUUUGCAAGGUUGUCUGGCCUCUCCUUGCAGUGCAUGUCCUCUAAAGCAGGCAGCAUCCUGGGGAAACCUCUUCUGCCCUCCCCUCUCCAAAGCCUCAACACCCUUCCUUUAGCAGGGGCGACCUGAACUGGCCUGACCAGAGCUGCCACAAAACUUCCUGACUUUUGAACUCACUGCCUCGACUAUUAAAGGCAGGCUUGCCAUGUGCCUUCUGAACCACCCUAUCGACCUGUGUAGCCCCUUUCAGGGACCCCCAAGAUCCCUCUGCUCUGUUCAGUGUCUUUUGCCUCUUCUGUUGCCUUGCAACACCUCACACUUGGCCAGGUUAAACCGAUCCCUGCCGUUUCUCUGCCCAUAUCUGCGACUGACCGAUACCCUGCUGUGUCCUUUGCCAGUCUUGUGCUGGGUUCACAUUGAUUGUCCUGUGGGGUGGGGGGUGAAGACAGACCGGUGUCCAGCCUGUGCAGAACCUGUGCGUACUCCGCCUGCCUCCCUGAUUUCUCGCUGAGGACUUUUCUGAAAGAACCGCCUUUUCAUCGGAAGUUUUUGGCGCGCUGCGUACACGGAAUCGGUUUCUGUGAAUGACUAUUUUAACUGAAAGACGUGGUUAAAAUAAGAGAAAAAUAAAAGAAACCUAUUCCAACCAGGGCAGCAAGUCACUAACUUCAGAACGAAGGUUUCUGUCUUUUUUUUUACAAACGAUUGUGAUUUGAAUCUGUUUGUGAUCUAUCAACUAAUAUGAUUAAAAUAUUUGCACUCUCUAA